UGUUAUUAUGAUGUUGAUGUUGCUUUUUAUCGUUUAGCUGAGCCGGCAUUAUGUUUAAAUUGUGCUUGGUUUAGCCGGCAAAAGUUUAUGUUUAAUUGCUGCUUGUUCGGCUAUUGUUAUAAAUAAGACAUUACUAGGCUUUUAGACCUAUGCAAAAUGGCAACAAGCGACAAAAGUAGUCCUGUAUCUAAUCCAGAAUUAGCUGAGCCCAUGUCAAUGAGUGCCAGAAGAAGAGUUGCGGCACUCAAAAGCCUCCGGCACAAAGAAACACAAGAGCCCAUGUCAAUGAGUGCCAGAAGAAGAGUUGCGGCACUCAAAAGCCUCCGGCACAAAGAAACACAAACCCAACCACGGUUUGAGAUUCAAUAUGACGCUGGUGAAGAGGAUAAACCAGAGCGGGUCAUGGUGAGUGUGAGAGCUGCAGACUACCCGGAAAAAGCAGCUUGUCAUAUGUGUCAUGUCAAGUUUGAGUCUUCCUACAACGAGGAGAAGGACGAGUGGCAUCUCCGCAAUGCAGCUGACCACGAGGGCAAUUUGGUGCAUCCCAUCUGUCUGGAGGACCAGAAGGCUGCUGCUGAGAAGCUAAUAGUGGUAGAAGAGAUUGACAUCACUGAAGACGAGCCAAAGGAAGAAGUGACUAAGAAAGAAGAAGAAUCUGUGGAAAAGAAAGAAAAGGAAGCUCCAAAGGAUACAGACAUUGAAUAUAUCAAGCUUGUAUUGCCUGUGGAGGAUUUGACAGUUUCUGAUAAUGAAGAAGAAAAAGAAACAAAAGACACAACUGUAAUCGAAGACAAAGAACUGAAAAAAGAUGAAGUAAAACCAUUAGAAGAAGUAACAUCAACAACAACAGAGACAAAGACAAUACCCCAGGAAUCGAAAGAUGAUAUUCAAACCCAUCCAUGCUUUGAGAUGCAAUAUGACGCUGGUGAAGAGGAUAAACCAGAGCGGGUCAUGGUGAGUGUGAGAGCUGCAGACUACCCGGAAAAAGCAGCUUGUCAUAUGUGUCAUGUCAAGUUUGAGUCUUCCUACAACGAGGAGAAGGACGAGUGGCAUCUCCGCAAUGCAGCUGACCACGAGGGCAAUUUGGUGCAUCCCAUCUGUCUGGAGGACCAGAAGGCUGCUGCUGAGAAGCUAAUAGUGGUAGAAGAGAUUGACAUCACUGAAGACGAGCCAAAGGAAGAAGUGACUAAGAAAGAAGAAAAAUCUGUGGAAAAGAAAGAAAAGGAAGCUCCAAAGGAUACAGGCAUUGAAUAUAUCAAGCUUAUAUUGCCUGUGGAGGAUUUGACAGUUUCUGAUAAUGAAGAAGAAAAAGAAACAAAAGACACAACUGUAAUGGAAGACAAAGAACUGAAAAAAGAUGAAGUAAAAGGAAUCAAAGAUGAGAUUCAAGAACCUGAUAUAGACAUGAAAUGGCUGUUUAAGUUUAAUGUUGAUUGGGAUGUCACCGAAGAACAAUUUUGGUUCUUGGAUGAACCAAUCCACAAUACAUUAAGCCUUGUAAACAGUUUGACUGAAGGACUUACACUAUUUCACAGCCUUUUGAACAAAAUCAUCAUUUUUAAAGUGCUGUAUGAUAAGGAUCCGAUAAAGGCAUAUUCUGUAAUAAAAACCAGCGAUGACUGUGAAAAUCAAAAUGUUCUGGUUAAAACUGAACUUGAGCUGGUUGAUACCGCAAGGAAAAUGUGUCAUUCACUUAAAAGAAUGAUGGGCAUUGACGACACCAAUACCUUAUUAGGAUAUAGGGGACCAACUCCAGAAUGGGCCGUAACUUAUAUCAAAGGUUCAUUUUAUGAACAUUUCGGAGCAAAAUGCUGCAAACGAGCCGCAAUCCUCUUUGUCAAAGUUUUAGAUGAUGACCAGUCCCCAGAAAAUCAGGAACUUUUGUUCUUGAAAGCCCGGAUUCUGGGUACUGUCCGUUACCUAGAGCAGUGGCCAGGUGCUAAGUGGAUACAGGAGGAGAAUCUUCUAAACAAGCUUUUGAGUCAUCAAGCAGAGCCUGGAUCUAGCCUGGAAAUUCGGGUCAAAAUGUAUCUCGCCGAGUUUCUGCGGUUGAGGGGCUAUAGAAAUUUCCUAGAAUCUGUACACCUUUCUGGGUUCUAUUACAGAAAGGCCACAUCACUACUGCUGAGUCUGAUAGAACCUUUGAAAUUGUGGAGACCCGAGGCGUCGGCUUGGCUGGCAGAACAGCUGUUUAUCAUACCGAGUGAUGGGGAAUGGAUGUGGAUGGAGGAGGCUCAAGAAGUACUCAGAAAAAUUUCCACUGUAAGUCAAAGCACUGCAUAUACCUUCAGGACAAUGGCUCUAUCCAUGGAGUUGCAAAUAAGGCAAGAGAUGAAGGAUGAGAUGAGAUGGGCACAACAAAGGAGGGAGAAGGUGCAAAAACAAAAUAUGGAUCAAGAGGGUGUGGAAAUGGUCAUCAGUGUACUAGACCAUGCCAUCAAGUUGGGCUCUGCCAAAGCUAAGCUGGAGAAGGCAGGGUUUUUGUGCCGUGCAGGAUUCGAUGAAUGCACGAUAUUAAAUGAACUUACGGAUACACCAGAUGCCCCUCUCCACAAGGCAGCUCAUUUGAUGUUGUGUCGCAAUAAGCAGUCACAGGCCCAGGAACUGCUGAAACCUUACCUGACUCCCAACAUGAUCCACUACCCUGCUCUUAUGGCUUUUCACCCAUUCUGCACGUUAUUGAUGGAGCCAGUAAACAUCAGGGAUGUGGUGCAAUGUCAACCCAGUGCACAACCUACUCAAAGGAGUUCAACUCAGUACCUGACUGUCAGGAAGGAUAUCCUUGCCGAGAGUAUCCGCCUGAGAACAAAUAAAAGUUGUCUGAAUAGAAGACAUAAAAAGAAAAAGUAAGUUUGUAGAUAUUAGCCUAGACACCUAUUUUUAUCAGUAUUUUUACCUUUUUGGUAGCCUAAGGUGAUGGGACAUGU